UCAAAUUAUUACUCAUAUGUAUACUGAGUGGCAACAGAUUAAAGCCACAUGACUAAUCAGCUGACGCUUUGAUUAUUUUUAUUUCAGCGGUUGUUGUUGAAAAAUAAAAUAUUUUUCAGACUCAGUUCCAGCAACUCUUCUUUAUCGUUUGCAUUAUCUGUUCUAUUUAUACGAUUUUUUUUAACAAAGCAACUAGUCUAAAAGUUCAAAACGUAGCGAGCAACAAUAUAUUUAACAUAGCUUUGUUGUACGAUUCUUAUUGAUUUGGUUUUAUCUUCAAAUAAGUGAAAAGACAAAUGAAUGAAAUGAAUUUUUCAAUUCUUGUUCUUUUUGCUACGUUGUGUGCUGCCACAGCUUAUGUUACAGAGUUUGAUGUCAUUAAAGAAGAAUGGAAAGCAUUUAAGCUAAUGUUUGAAAAAACAUAUGAAGAAGCAGAAGAUCUAUUUAGGAUGAAAGUAUUUGUGGAAAACAAGCACAAGAUUGCUAAACACAACCAGCUAUUUUUAUCUGGAAAGAAAUCCUACCGGCUGCGAAUGAAUGGUUUUGGAGAUUUGCUUCACCAUGAAUUUGUGAGAAAAGUCAAUGGUUUUCAACGAAACUACAAUGAAAGUUUAGCAUCUGGCUCUACUUAUCUUUCUCCUGCUAAUGUUGUAGCACCAAAGCAAGUAAAUUGGACUGCUGAAGGAUAUGUCACUCCUGUUAAGAAUCAGGGUCAAUGUGGUUCAUGCUGGUCCUUCAGUGCUACUGGUGCCCUUGAAGGUCAACAUUUUCGUAAAACAGGAAAACUUGUUUCAUUAAGUGAGCAAAAUCUGAUUGAUUGCUCUGGCAAGUUUGGCAAUGAGGGAUGCAACGGUGGUCUCAUGGAUCAAGCGUUUGAUUACAUUAAAGAGAAUAAAGGGAUAGAUACUGAAGAAGCUUACCCAUACAAACACAAACAAGGUAGAUGCCACUACAAGAAGCAAAACAAGGGAGCUACAGACACAGGAUUUGUGGAUCUUCCCUCUGGAGAUGAGACUAAACUGAUGGAAGCUGUAGCAACAAUUGGUCCUAUUUCUGUGGCAAUUGAUGCCAGUCAGGAAUCAUUCCAGUUUUACUCUGAAGGUGUCUACAAUGAGCCACAGUGUAGUAGUGAACAAUUGGAUCAUGGUGUUUUGUGUACUGGAUAUAGUGUGUCUGAAUCUGGUGAAGAUUACUGGAUUGUAAAGAAUAGUUGGGGUGAAAAAUGGGGAGAGAGCGGAUAUAUCAAAAUGGCCAGGAACAAAAACAAUCAAUGUGGAAUAGCAACUCAAGCUAGCUAUCCAUUAGUAUAAGACGUUACGUCUGAGAUUAUUUUAACAUGAGCUGUUUUGUACUUUUUAUUUUUUAAUUUACUAAGAAAAAUACUUAGUUUAUUCUUAAGGUUGUUUUUAAUUUUUGCAUUUAAUGUAUGCUCAUUUUUACUUUUUAUUUUUUUUAAAGAAACAUUUUUGUACCUGUGUUCUUUCAUUUGUCGAUGUGAAUCUCAUCUUACAAUUUAAGCUGUUUGAUUUAAUAAAAAAUCAUUUUCUUA